CUGCGAAGGAGGAAGCAAAGAGGACUGGAACACCAAACUCCCUCAAUACAACAAAGAAGCGGAAGACGAGCUUCCAAUCCCUGGUCCAUCUCGGGAGGGUCAAGAAUCUUCAGAGGAAACAAUCAUCACCCCCAAAGAUCCGUGGGACCGGAUUGUUGAGAAAGAGGCUGAACAGGACGAUGGAAACGAUUCUUAUUCAAUAGACCAGGUGACUGUGGACUCAGAAGGGUUUGAAGAUGAAGAAGAAAGUGAGUACUAUACAAUAGUGGAAGGAGAAGUGGCAAGAGACAUGGAGACCGGUCAAUUAAAGAAGUCCGUCAAGCAAAUGCUGGCAAAGGCGGAAAAAGGUCCUGAUCUAACACUCUUAGGUGAUCAGAAGAUUCAAGUUAACCUCUCAUAUUUAGGGACUCACAAGACUAUUGCUCGGACCCGCGAUCUCAUCGAAAACAUAAUACAGCAUUACACCUCCGUACCUGGACAG